UCUUUCCUAGUUUGGAAAAAUGCCUGUUUUGUCUCAAUCAGCAUUCAGAGCAGGAAAUUGAAACCCAGGCUGCCAUGUCCAGUUGGGCAGGUUGUGUACUACACAAGGAUGCCACGUUUAAGGGCACACUAUUCACUUUGUAGAUUCGUAUGUUUUUUUAACAUGAUAGUGUCCAGAAAGGUUUUUCUUCACCUUUUUUGAAUCUUCACACAAAUGUCCUCUGUCAUAGCAACAGUCCCGAGAAAUCACACUAGAUACUUGUGGAAGAAAAGGAAGGGAACUGGGUGUUCAGGAAUUCAUUGGAAGGAUAGAAGGAGUGGUAGCCUGGGUUUGAGACUCUGGAGUUGAAGCUUGCAGUCUCUGAGCUGCAGUCUGGACUUCAGGAAGGCGCCACUGUUGCUGAUGGAAGUGCCCAUCCCACAUGGGAAGCUACUGACCAGGCACAAAGGGUAUGGCCACUUCAAACACCGCUGAUCUUCCGUGCUGGCCACCUGCCAGCCAGGAGCCUCAGGCAGGUGUCUGAACCACAUCCUCCAGUCCCCUGGCUGCAGGGGAGUCUAGGAAAUGGAGUUUCUAAUUGCACAGUCAUGUAAUCUGGCUGAAGCUAUGGAUAAGAGGGGAGAUCAAAAGAGGGACCUUCUUUGGCAGUCUUUUGCACACCUGAUCCGGAAAAAAAAUUUUUUUUAAAGAUUUAUUUAUUUGAGAGAGAGACAGUGGGUUGCAGGGGGCAGAGGAAGAGGGACUCUCUGCUGAGUAGGGAGCCCAACAGGGGGCUCGAUCUCAGAACCCUGAGAUCAUGACCUGAGCUGAAGUCAAGACGCUUAACCGACUGAGCCACCCAUGCGCCUCUGGACAAUUUUUUAAUUGACUCAAAAAUACAUAUAUUGCUUAAGACCCUUUUUCAGGCCAUGUACACAGAAAAAUGAGAUCAUUUGCCAGAAGUAGAAAAUUGACCACAAAAAUAAAUCUUAGAAGACUGUUAAAUUCUGUGUGGUCAUCUUCCGUGAAGGCUCUCAGCCCAAGCCACCUCCUGCUCUGCUUUUUUCUGUUAAAGAGGAACAUCAGUGUUUGCAGUGGUAAAGACUUAACAGCACCAAAUACAGUCUUUCUCCUUGUAGGAUCUGAAAGGAGAAAGGGAUUGUUGUCUCCGCUAAGAGGCAAGUCUUGUUGCUAAUGGCAAGUGGAAAUGUCUUGCCCACCACACUGGCAGCCCCAGGUCCUGGUUUUUCUUCUUUCUUUUUUCUCUUCCCCAUGAGCAAUUGAUGUCCCCACUCCAAGCUUCAUUUUCUUCCCGUGUAAGGGAAGAAUUCCUGUAUGUUAGUACCGUGGUAUUUCUUGUUGGUACAUGCCACUACCCCCAGCGCACCCCCACUGCCAGGUACUCAGGAAGCACUAUAAACUCAGCAAAUACGUGUUAAGUACCUAUCGUGCUAAAUACUGUUCUUGGCACAGGACAUGCAGCGGUAAACGAAAUAGACAAGCUAACUGCAAAUACUGUGUUCUGAUAAACAACUGGGACCAUGGGGCUGGUCCCAGGUGAUCAAGGAAGCCAAUCAUUGGACGUGACUUCUGAGCAGAGCUCCUUCUCCCAUCCAUGGUGGCGGUGCUGUGUAUUGGGUGCAUGGAGUUGGCUGAGGUCCAGGCUUGCCCCUGAUGAAUUCUUCCCCACCCCCAAGUCCAUGCACACCCAACCCACUUCCCCCUCACAAAAGUUUGAACUUAAGGCCAAAGGUGAGAAUGCCCGAGGACGGGAGAUGGCCGCCCAGGAGAAUGACCUUGGCACGGGGAUCUAGUGGAGACGCAGUUUUUAAAGGUUGAGACUUGAGUUCAAGUUCCGCCUCUGUUUUCUCCUGACCUUUGGCGACAAUGGACAACUCCACACUCAGUGAAUGAUGGGUGUGGGUGGGCCUGAGCCAAAUCUGGCCCCUCGGCUUCCUGGCUCUAACCUUGGGCAAGUUUCUGAAGGCUCUCCCCUGCCAUUUCCAUGGUGAGUGGGGUUCUAACAGCCCUCUUAAGGUGAUGCUGAGUGUCCAUUUGAGUUAAUAAGAAAAAUUACGUGCGGAGUGGUCUUUAAAUAACGGUUAGCUUUCCUGGUCCCUAUUUUACAGAGGAGUAAGGCGAGGCUCUUAGAAGAGAAAUCGCUUAGCCCGGGUCACCCAGUCAGGAAGUGGCUUAUGAAGAUAAAUAGUGAUUAUGGUAGGGCAUUGCUAGCCUUAAGACCCAGCAUAUAAUACUUGGUCCUUGAGAGUGGGGGCUGUUCCUGGCGAUCAAAAGGCUGCCUUGUUCUGUCCUGAGCACAGGAAAUUCCAAGGUAGUUUCUGUACUAGCUCCCUGUUUUCUGUUCUUGGAGGGGGCAGCAGAGAGGCCCGGGUACCCAAGCAGCCUCACGAGAAAUGGAAUUGAAUAUCUCAACCUGCCUGUCUGGCCUCUGAUUGUGGAGGGGGUGGGGGGUGGCUCUCACUUGGAGUGGCCUGGACUGCUUGGGCCUAUCUGGGCAUUUCCUUGGGCAGGCAGCCCUCACCCUGGCCUUGAAGUGGUUCUGGCUGGGUAGCAACCUCUAGGUGUCGUGGGAGAAAUUUGGAACUGGUUAAGGGCGGAGACUGGACCGAGGACACAGGUUUCCUUGUGUUGCUGGAGAGAGGGAGGGCAGAAGGAAACUGGAGACCCCAUUUCCCCCUCAGUCACUCUCUUGCUUGGAGUCCAUGAUGGCUGGCUCGCCAGUGUUCCUCGGUGUCAUUGUUUUGCUGUCUGCCUUCCCAGGGCCUAGUGUCGGGGGCCGCGCCAUGCCCAAGCUGGCUGACCGCAAGCUGUGUGCUGAUGAGGAAUGCAGCUACCCCAUCUCCAUGGCUGUGGCCCUUCAGGACUACGUGGCCCCCGACUGCCGUUUCCUGACCAUACACAGGGGCCAAGUCGUGUAUGUCUUCUCCAAGCUGAAGGGCCGAGGGCGGCUCUUCUGGGGAGGCAGUGUUCAGGGAGAUUACUAUGGAGAUUUAGCUGCUCGCCUGGGCUACUUCCCCAGUAGUGUUGUACGUGAGGACCAGACCCUGAAACCUGGCAAAAUCGAUGUGAAGACAGAUGUGAGUGUCUUGGGGGCUGACAGGGAUCGAGAGGGAGGACCCUGGGGUUGUGAAGAUGGGCAGAAAUGCUUCUGCCUUUGGCUCCCUGGCAGCGUGGCUCUGUGCGCUGGGACAAAUUUCCUCCCUCAAUUUUCUUAUCUGUAAAAUGGGGAGUGAUUUUUAAGUCCCUGUCAGAUUGAGAGGUGCAAAGAUUAAGGGGCUCUGGGCUAAUUUGCAUAGCACGUGUUUGGCCAAACCUGGCCCCUGCCGCUACAGCCUUUGCUAAAACCACCAGAUCCUUUGCGGUGUGACCGCUGGUUUUCUCCCCACUGUUUUCCCUUUCUCUUUUUCAGAAAUGGGAUUUCUACUGCCAGUGAGCUCAGCCUACCACUGUCCCUGCUGUUUUUUUCUUCCCGGCAUUAUGCAAAUAUAUCACCCAAGUGCAAAAUUUGCGGGUCUCUGUGGUCUUUAUUGGGGGGGGGGUGCGGGGAGGAGGUGUAACAAAGGAAAUGCUUCCCCAGGUUCCUGAAUUUAGCCAGUCAGACCCCUGACUGUGGUAACGUCAGUGGUUGCUAGGCAGAGUUCCACCGAUUAAAAGCUCUUCGCUCUAUGCUGGGUACCGGAGGUGGGCUCCUAAGCGUAGAUACCAGACACAGCGAAUGAGAAGGCGGAAUAACCUGAACAGUCCGGGUGCGGGUUGUGACCUUUCUAGACCAAUUGGAGGGAGUUGAACUAUUGGGAAUGAGCCAAUCGGACCAUGAGGAAGACAUAAAUCACAGAGGUUUUCGUGGAAGAUCAUCUGCAAAGGGAGGUGGGAGGUUAGUCUGCACGUAUCCUCCCCCCCGCCCGAGUUUUCCUCUUUCUUGCCUUUGAGGUCAGAGAGAGUGCUCGCCAGCUCAAUAUCUGCUCCUCUUCAGGGUCUGUCAAUCCUGUCCAUGCCCCCUUCUUUGCAGUCAUGUCCCCGCCCCCAGGUCCGCUCCUACCCAAUCCGGAGUCUCGACUCUGCACCCGUACUCCUGACCAAAUCCGUUGCUCAGCUCGGCUAAGCAUUUCUGUACGGUCCCUUCCCACUUGCUCCGCCAAUCGCUCGUCUUGGUCCUUCCCCCUUUGGCCCGUCCCCUCUC